AACACAAUAAUUCGGUUAAUAAAAAACAAAACAAUAUGGCAGCCUCCAUUGAGUAAUACAAUAACAUGAAGAAAGAUAGUAAAUAUGAGAUUUCGAGAUUAUUUAAAGUCUCACAUCAAAUACUUUGCAUCAACAGUAUCAAUUUUGAAAACAGAUCUUUAGUGGGCUAUGUAGAAUUAACAAUAUGGCCUACAGUACCUGACUUGACUGAGAUUCGAAUAAACAGUAAACAAUGUAUUGUUUAUCGUGUCAGUGUAGACAAGAAAUGGGAUGCAGAGUUUUCUUACUUCGAUCCCAGUCUGAAUAUUUGCCAGGGCAAUGCUGUCAAACGAAACAUAGAUUACUUUCACAAGUGUCAGAUGAAUGCUAUCAAUGCUGUCGACCCUGACCUUGGCUGUGGAGAGCUGAUCAUCACUUUCCCCAAAGAAGUUCUGCCCACAAUAUCUGCUCUAGGUAGUUUUCAGAUAUGUGUAGAGUUUGGUCUGAAGGAGCCACAGGGUGGAGUUCAUUUUGUGGUGCCUGACAUGCCAGGUACAAUGGCAGAAAGAAGUGCUCACAUGUUUACUUAUUCUCUUGAGAACCAAUCAAGACUCUGGUUUCCAUGCAUGGAUACAUUCUCCGAGCCAUGUACUUGGAAGAUUGAGGUCACUGUUGACCGUGACAUGACAGCUAUCUCCUGUGGUGACCUGGUGGGGGUGGAGUUCACUGAGGACCUGUUGGAGAAAACUUACCAUUAUUUCCUGUCCACACCUGUAGCUGCCCCUAACAUAGCCUUGGCUGUUGGUCCGUUUGAGAUUCUGGUUGACCCUAAGAUGCAUGAAGUGACUCACUUUUGUCUUCCUAAACUGAUGCCAGUGCUCAAACAUACUACCAGCUAUAUACAUCAGGCUUUUGAGUUUUAUGAAGAGCUGAUGUCUAGUCGCUACCCUUAUUCUUACUACAAACAAGUGUUUGUAGAUGAGGCUUAUUGUGAGGUAUCAACCUACUCCACUAUGAGUAUACUCAGUACCAACCUUCUUCACCCGACCAACAUAAUAGACCAGACCAUGGCCUCUCGUCAGCUCAUGGCCACAGCUGUGGCCCAGCAGUUUUUUGGCAGCUUUAUUGCUAUGGAGACCUGGUCAGACGCCUGGCUGACCAAAGGCAUCACAGGCUACUUGUCCUACCUGUUCAGCAAGAGGACAUUUGGUAACAAUGAGUACAGAAACUGGGUCUUUAGAGACUUGCUGGAAGUGAGUGAAUAUGAACAACAGAUGGGCAAUGUAGUCCUGGAUCCAACCAAGCAUGGCAGCAACCACCACUUUCACAUUCAGUCCCCACAUACUCUGUCUCCUCGUUACAUUGAGAUGUUUUGUAAGAAGGCUCGAUUGGUCAUGAGGAUGUUGGAAAUUAGAAUAGGAACAGAGCUUCUUCUACAAGUUUUGAACAAACUUCUUUCUUUAGCUUACAAUGCCAGCCAACAGCCGUUCAGUUUUAGCAGCUGGUCAAACAUGUUACUGUCAACAUCAUCAUUCCUAAAGAUCAUCUACACAGUGACUGGAAAAGAUAUUGAACCUUUCAUAGAGCAGUGGGUAUAUCAAGGCGGCUGUGCCAGAUUUAUUGGCAGUUUUGUGUUUAACAGGAAGCGUAAUGUGGUGGAGCUAGAAAUCAAGCAGGAUUUGGCUCCUGGAGCCAUGAAAUAUGUUGGUUCUCUAAAUGUCACCAUACAAGAACUUGAUGGCUCCUUUAAUCAUCAGUUUAAGAUAGAAGAGAACAAAACCAAGUUUGAGAUCACUUGUCACUCCAAAAGUAGAAGAAACAAAAAGAAAAAAAUUCCUUUAAUGACUGGUGAAGAGGUUGACAUGGACUUGACAGCUAUGGAUGCUGACUCUCCAGUCCUGUGGCUACGUUUGGAUCCAGACAUGCACUUGCUACGGACUGUUACUUUUGAACAGCCGGAUUACAUGUGGCAGUAUCAACUUCGAUAUGAAAAGUGUAUUGUUGCUCAGUUUGAGGCUAUCGACGCUCUGGGCAAGUUUCCUACACCUCCAUCAAGGUUAGCCCUGACUGACACCAUAGAGAAUGAGGAGUGUUAUUACAGAGUCAGACAAGAUGCCUGCUAUUGCUUGGCUAAAAUAGCCAACCUGAUGGUGGGCACCUGGACUGGACCACCUGCCAUGAUUGCCAUAUUUCGUAAAAUGUUUGGAUCUCACUCCUGUCCCGCCAUCAUCCGCCAGAACAACUUCUCAAACUUCCAUCACUACUACCUUCUGAAGACUAUGCCACAAGCCAUGGCCAGGCUGAGAGAUGUACACAACCUAUGUCUGCCUGAAAUCACCAAGUUUCUUUUGGACCUUUUCAAGUACAAUGAUAACUCUAGGAACAAGUGGUCAGAUAACUACUACAGGGCAGCUCUUGUGGAGGCUUUAUCUGCCAGUCUGACUCCUGCGGUCACCAAUGUAUCGCUCAUUACUGGGCAAAUUGUGACAGCUGCAGCACUAUCACCCGAGAUGAAGCUGGUGGUGGAAGAGGUGGUAAGAAGUUUGAAUAUAGAGAAGUUGAUGCCUUGUUACAAGUUCACUGUCACUGUCAGCUGUCUCUACACAAUCAGAACCCUGCAGAAACUAGGUCACCUUCCCAUUGAGUCAGAUGUAUUUAAAGACUACACGCAAGUGGGAAUAUUUCGAGAUGUACGAGUGGCCGCUAUUACCUGUUUAGUGGAUUUUAUUCGAGGGGAUGUAACUGGAGAACACUUAAACUGGAUUUUGGACUUCAUUGAAAAUGAGAAAGAUCCUUAUCUCAAACAUCACACAGUAACCUGUUUGACCCAGAAUCCUCCAUUCCGGCGCUCAGAGAGAUCUGCUCUAAACAUAGAACCACUUGUUGAAAGGUUAUGGGAAAUGAUGUGUCAUACAUCCCAUGACAGUCGACUGCGGUGUGGCCUUGCUGACCUCUACUUUAUUUUGUAUGGGCGACAACGUCCAACCUGUCUGCCUGUUCCUGAGAUUGUGAAGAUGGGCCAAAAAGACAAGAAAUCAAAAAUGGAGUCCUUAUGUCUGCAGAUUAAUGCUGAUGAUCUCAGUGUUUCGGAGCCUGCUCCAAGCAGCAUCGCUAUCUGGAACCCGGAGCUAUCCAAUAUAUUUGCCUCCCCUGUCCAUGAGCCUGCCAUGGUGGAAAAUUCUGCACCAGCCACAGUCAAAGUUAACCUUGACCUAGACAUCACAGAUGAUUUUACUGAUAGAAGUUCUGUAGAUGUCACAAUGCACAGUGAAGAUCAGUCCAAUGUUAUAGAGGAGGCUGUAGUGACAGAGACGGUGGAAUUAGAGUCUGACCUUGAGAGUGAAGUUACUCCAAACCUAAGCAGACCCUCAGUCCAAAUUGACCUCUCUCAAGGCUUGUCCAGGCAUGACAGCAUCAGUCGCCUCAGUGAGGACUCCCUCUCAAAUUCUCCACCACCGGUCAGCAAAGGUCAUCCUGAUGAUGUGAUUGUUUCCUUGGAUAACAUCAUCAAACAUGACCCCAUAAUUCCUGGGAAGUUGUUUCAACCUCCUUCCCCUCCCCCCACAUACCACCCAGAUCAGCCAGUGAGAGUUGAACUUUCUCCUCAUCCUGUAACUUUGGAGGAAGUCAAAAGCCCGCUCUCCCCUCCUCCUGCCUCCCCUGACUCGAGGAGCUCACCAGGCUACAUCAUAGAGGAUGAGAGCGCCCAGGAAAAACAAGCACGGAUCAGCGGAGAUGUCACCCAGGAGAAUAUGGAAGACAUUAAGCCUGUUGUUGAGGACUUAACAACAGAGGUGGUAGAGGAGAAACAGCUGACGGUCUUCACUGAGGAUCAGACGGAUGCAAAGAUAGAACUUAGUCCUGCCACACCAACACAGCUGGUCGUGGACUUCAAGAAAGAAAUCAAAGAAGAGAGCCAGCCCUCACCCCCACAGAGUUCAUCUCCUCCGCAGACAUCACAGCCUCCUCCCUCUGCACCCACCCCACAGUUCUCGUUUGCCUCUGUCUACCAGCAGAUACCUCCCCUUCCCAUCAAACACUCUGUGAGCCUGGACACCGAAAUGCCCAGCUCGUCCCUCACGCUGAAGAGAAAGUUGAGUGUGCCAUCGUACCAGAGCUCUCCAGAACCAGAAACUAAAAAAAUUCCUCCUCUGAUCGUCUCCACAUCUGUGUCAGGGGGAACCACAAUACUAUCACCCAAUUCAGCAAAACCAAGUUUGAAGACUACUCUUUACCUGAAUACCUCAGCUGCAUCCACCAGUGAGUCCAGGGACAAAAGUCACCACAAGUCAAAGAAGAAGAAGAAAAAGAACAAGCACAAACAUAAACAUAAACACAAGCACGACAGGGGAGACAAGCACGACAGGGGAGACAAGCAUGACAAACAUAAGCCAAGAGAAAGACUUUUACUUGACUUGUCAGAGAUCGCUAGGGCCAGCAGGGACUCCCCAACAGUCAGGCCAACAACAGAACAGGAAGAGGAAAGCUCUUCAGAAUAGAAGUUCAUGUCUGACUAAAACUAUUUUCUUGCAGAGAUUUCUAGGUGAUAUAUGAUGUUGUACAACAAAAGAAACAGCUGAAUAAGAUGGCAUCAUUUGUAUACUAAGUUUUUCUAUACUUUACAAUGUCCUCAUGCCAAUAGGAAAUCUCAACUUGUAGAAUGAAUCAAAUAAAUGCUGUUAUUAUAUAUUAAUAAAAAUCAUACAUUAUAUGCAAUGAUGAAAAAACUAAAACUACAAACUAUCUUUGUUGAUACAAAGUUGAACUCGAGGUAAAAAUUUUGUUUUAAGCAUGCAGGAUUUAUAUCCAAACGUUGAGAUUUCAUUUGAUUGUUCCUGUUUGUAUUUGUUAUGAAACUUGCUGUUCAAUUUGUUAAAAAUAGUAGGAUCUCUUCUUUUAGACCUGAGCUCUUAUUGGACCUUAUGCCUAGGCCAUGUUUGAUCAACUUUUAGACCUGAGCUCUUAUUGGACCUUAUGCCUAGGCCAUGUUUGACCAACUUUUAGACCUGAGCUCUUAUUGGAUCCUAUGCCUAGGCCAUGUUUAUCCAACUUUUAGCGCAACUAAAUGUAGGUAUGUUAAAAGUUACCCAUCCAGCGUUGUUUGAUUAUAUUUACCAGCUGAAAUGGCACAAACCUGUUGCGUUAUGGGACAUGCUGAGUUUUAGAGAUUCAGUCAUGAAACUAACAGAGAUGACUGCAUUUUAGAAUAUUCAGUCAUGGAACUAACAGAGAUGACUGCAUUUUAGAAUUUCAGUCAUGAAACUAAAAGAUGACAGUGCUUUAAGAGUUUGAGUCAUGAGGCUACAGAGCAAGUCUUUGUUUAGAACAUCACAGUACUAGUGUAUAAAAAUGUCCUGAGAUUGAAUACAUACCAGUAUCUGACAGUUGUGGGGAUGAAGUAUGGCUGGUGGGUCAGUGCACUGGCUGCACAUCACCAUUGUAAACUGUUAGCCACAUAAAAUGAGCCAUUUUGUUAAACCUUGUCCUAGGAACACUAGGUCAAAAUAGCAUUGAGUUAUUUUUGUUUUCUAAUUAAUGUAACUGUCACUAAGUUUAGGGGUGUUACAUGUAGAAAAUAUUUGCAUUAGUUGGAAAUCCAAACUAGAAUUUUAGGCCUACACACACAGCUUGCUCUAAUAAAUUUACAUUUAUGACAAA